AUGGCAAAUCCUCCAAUCCUCAUUCCUACCGAUUGCUAGUAUUUAUGUCACUCACUGCUUGGACAUAUUGUCUUCUUCAUCAUGGUUACUGAGGAACUCUCUGAAUUUGAGAAGCAGCGUCUCGCAAACAUUGCGGAGCGCGAUGCGCUUCUCAAGAAGCUCAGUCUGGACGCGCAAUCAGCAGGACUGUUCCCGUCAAAGCCCAAAGGACCAUCCGCCGAUCAAUCAAAGUCCAAGAAGAAGAAGCCUGCGCCCAAAGUGAAGAAGGAAGAAUCGCCACUUCCGCGCCGCACUUCAUCCCGGCUUCGAGGCAUUGCGGCGGAUAGCGAGGUCGCGAAGCGGAAAGCGGAUGAGGAGUAUGAUCGCAGGCAGGAGGAGCAGAGGGCAAAGAGGGUCCGCAAGUCGGACCCCUUCUCCCUGAACGACAUAUUUGUUUCAGGCCAAAAGCUGGACGGAGACGCCUUGAUUGGAGUGGACGUGAUUACAAAGGGGGUCGCUGUGCCAUACCAGCGAACUUUUGGAGAUGAGGACAUCAAGUCCACAACGGAUAAGGAUCUCAAGGCCGUUCGGAAGGAGAUGAGUGGUCUGAGUCUGUGGGAAGCUUGGGAACCUAACCGUAUCAAACUUACCCCGGAGAGAAUAUAUUCGAUGACAUUUCAUCCAUCGGAAGCGAAGCCAUUAAUCUUUGCUGGAGAUAAAUUGGGUCACCUCGGAAUCCUAGAUGGCUCACAGGAGAAGCCUGUAUCCGCCUUGAAGAACGAAGAAGACGACGACGACGACGAUGAUCCCGACCCUGUUCUUGUUACCCUCAAGCCACACACGCGCACAAUCAGCUCAAUGACCAUACACCCUUCCAAACCUACACAUCUGUAUACCGCGAGCUACGACAGCUCCAUCCGCGAAAUGGAUCUUGAGAAGACUUCAUCGGUGGAAAAGUAUGCUCCAGAAUCCACUUCAGAGGACGUCCCAGUAUCCGGCAUCGAUAUGGCCGCGGAUGAUCCAAAUACCAUUUAUUGGACAACUUUAGAUGGCGCAUUUGGUCGGUACGACAUGCGUACCAAGCGACAAAGCUCGGUCGCGACCUGGCAGUUAUCCGAAAAGAAAAUUGGCGGUUUCUCACUUUACCAGACACAUCCGCAUUACUUUGCUACCGCCAGUCUCGACCGCACAAUGCGCCUCUGGGAUCUCCGCAAGCUCUCACAUACUGAUCCUGCCUCAAUCGGCGAACACACGAGCCGCCUAUCAGUCUCACAUGCCGCCUUCAACAGUGCGGGACAGAUAGCAACGUCAUCCUACGAUGACACCUUGAAGAUAUACGACUUUAGUUCUCGAGGUAUAUCUACUUGGAAACCAGGGCACACCCUGGAUGACUCGCAAAUGAAGCCUGAUACCGUUGUAAGACAUAACUGUCAAACGGGCCGAUGGGUUACCAUUCUCCGUCCUCAGUGGCAACUUAACCCACAAUCGCCCAUACAGCGCUUUUGUAUCGGAAACAUGAAUCGCUUUGUCGACAUCUACAGUGGCUCGGGAGACCAGCUCGCUCAACUUGGAGGCGAAGGGAUUACUGCCGUUCCAGCCGUUGCGGUAUUCCACAGGAGCAAGAAUUGGGUUGCUGGUGGCACAGCGAGCGGGAAGAUCUGCUUGUGGAUGUAGCAAUCUCUGUCUCUUUCCUAUCAUCUUCAUCUUCCGACCUUUACUAAAUCCAAUCUUGGUGGGAUUAUUGCAUUCGUUCGCCUUUGGAGUUAGAGCCUCUGAUCUAUUGUACCCUCUAGUGUAUCAUCAAUAUACCUGCCUAUCCCACCUUUGCUACGACAGUCAUUUCUUCAGUCUAAUAUGAGGCAGCGCCAAUUGAACCUUGCGUCUUACGACGUCCUUAACCAUCUUGUCCAAUGGCUACACUUUACGGAAAUGUGAAAGAUCAAGACCAACCACAGAAGUGUCUAACCAUCAAAAUCGCAUGCUCAUUUCAUCUAUGCCAACAGAAGAAAAGCUCGUAGACUAUUUACACAGCAUAUCUAAAGACAACAGCCCCAUGUGCAGUGCGCAAACAGAAAGUCUGCUCUGUCUGCUAGUGACUCAUUGCUAGGGGUAACUCCCGAUCCUCACACAGAGGAAGAAACAGCCAUCACAACUGCCAGUGGGUAUCAACACCAUGAGAAAAUGCUAUUCAAGAAAAUGUGGAAAAGGCAGAGAAAGGGAAGAGCGUUAUUCGUGAGCAGGUAUGAAGAGGGUGAGAGGUGAGGGAGAGAAAAGAGAGAUCAAGAAGUGGUGAAGCAUAUACAACCGAAGAUGCCACAAUUUGGCUCGUGUAAAGCUCUUCCUGUUAUACAAAACAUUGGACAGGACCAGAGUAGAGGCCCGCCCCGAGCUCGUCUGUAUUCUGUUGCGUCAGGCUCGGUAGGGGGUGUAUAGGUUAAGCCGCAGCAUACUGUCACUGGGUUGAUAGAUUAAUGAAGCCGCGCGCGCCUGUCGAUCAUUGAACCCUGGAACAGGGUCCAUGCACACGUAGUUUACCGCACAUGGGAAAUCAUUUGUAUUGGAUCAGAAUUCGUUUCGCAACUCUUCACGUGACUGCUGCUGGCUAGUUUCUCGGUCCUUGCCUUUGCGCCUGGAUGGCGCAGGCACAAAGUCGAAGAAAGCCCUGUAUUUGCUCGUGGUCUCCCUGGUAAUACUGGAUCGGCGGGACUUGGCAGCGUCGGGAUACUCAAGAGAAUAAGUCGACGAGUUUUUCGAGCUCCCAGUACUAUCCCGAGGUUCAGACCAUCUUGGGAUAGAGAAGGGUACCCUGGUCUGGUCCCAGGUUGCGGAUGACGAACUGGGUGGAGUCUCUUCAUCACCCUCGGGGCCAUAGUCAGUAGAUCGGCGGGGUAGAGAAGGGCGAGAGGUAAAGUAUCCGAUAGAGUUGCGAUGGCUUCCGGUUAGAGAUGCAGAGACGGCCUCCGGAGCUGGGGUGGCGGGCUUGGAUGGGAUUUCGGCAUGUAUCGUGGAACGCUCCAGGUUAUCGACAAGUUCUUCCCACUUUAUUUCCAAAUUACCGUUGGGACGUUCUGCUUGUUCCGCCCUACUUAGGCAUUCCUUGGUUCGUUGUUGUAGACGGACCGCCAACUCGUGGAAUUUCUGGAUCGCGGGGUCGACUUCUUCCAGCGCUGAAAGUCUGGCGGGCGCAACCUCGAGCCAUAUUCGAAUCAAGUUGGCAAAGCUUCGUGCAUGGUCAAUCAGGAAAGGAAGGCUAGGGAAACCUUCGCGUGAUGGCGCGGGUAGGCGGCCAAGGAUUUGAAUUGGCGUGGCAUAGGAGGGCGUGACAAUGGGUGCUGGGCGGUCCGCAGGGAUUGCGCAGAUUGAAUCAACAAAUUCCCUAAACUCAGACCGAUGGCUGACAAGAAACUUGUUCAUCGGCUCCAUCCAAGGCUCCUUGCUCCCAAAUGUCGUCAUAUUGGCCAAGCCUUGCAGGGCUUUGGCAAUUAGGGUCAGAGUGCGUUGGGCGCGGGGACGGGGAUGAUCU